UAUGGUAGAUUUUGGUAAUGGUAAGUUUCUGUAAAUAGAAUGAAAAAUCCUUGUCCCGUUUCCUGUAAUCGUUCUUGAAAUGCUCUUGAAUAAAAAUAAAAAGACUGUUCUUCGGUCAAAUUUUCCUAACGAUUCAGUUGAAGAGAUAUUGUUGGAUGCCAAAUUAAUUAAUUUUCAACUGGAGACUGGAGAAUGGGACGCUGUAGAGGAGAUGUUACGAGCCGAAGCUCAGCUUUCGAGAGAUGCAGAAACCGGACGAUUGCGCCCAAAAAAGGCAUCAGAGUAUACAUUGCGACUAAUAGCAGAAGUCUUGCACAUAAUGCGUCUUGAUGUUGAGCAAGCGUCGUACAACAGGAGCACACUAGCUGUUGCCGAGCAAUGCCUCCGAUUGGUGCGUUCAUGUGCUGCAGCAGGCACUAAGAUGCAGACCUACAUCUCUAAAGAACUCUCCAUACUAGACUCUAUGCACAUUCUAGCUACAGAAUACCAGCAUCCAAGUGUUGACUUUGUCAAUGAAGAACUGCAAAAAAAGUUUGAGUCAUGCAUGACUGUACUCAUGCAAACAUUAGGAAACUUAGUUGUAAAUAAUCCCUUCAACCAAAUUAUGAUUUGGAAUAAAUUUGAUGCCAAUAUCCUCAACAGCUUUGUUGGUUCCAAUGAUAAGAUAGCCACUGCAGCUGCCAUGAUUGUCUACAACAUUUUAUUAGGCCAACCUAAUGUAUUGCCAGAUGAUGUUAUGUUAUUAAACUCUUUAGCUUACAUGUAUAGUAAUGGCAACACUGAAUACCCACAUUUAAUCAUAGAAUAUUUAAUUGGUGUUGAAAAUACUUAUAUUGAGAAGUUAUAUUCAAAGUUGGAUCCUGAAUGUCGAAUGCUGGUGUUAAACAUGGCUUACAAUAUAUUGAUGUCUACGGAAUCUCAAGAUAUAAAUGUGUCAGUAAACUUUGUUAAGUUUAUGGCUCAUGAGUUCAAGAGUAAAUCGGAUUGUAUAUUGAAGACGGUUGAUAAGUACGUGAACACUAUUGAGCCUCAGGAGGUGGUGUUUUUAUUGGAGAUCAUAGCUACUGCAUCUAGUAUGGAUGCUUACAUGGACUGCUUACAGACGGACAGCUCAUUAUUUAUUAAUUGUGCAUUUCUCCUAAGAGCGAUUCACAAGCUAGGCAAAGAGAGCAGCAACUUCUUCUCAUCUCUCAACAAACUGUAUGAGGCUACCGGCAUGACUUUCAUUGAUGACGAGAACUUAUCAACUGUACCCGCCAAUAGUCCAUGUGAGAAUCCGUUAACCAAAAACGAUUCAGCCGAUAACAUGCUAUCCUGUAACGAAACGACUUCAGAAUGUACCGAAUCAGAAAGCAGUGAGCAAUACUUCGAGUGCAAUGAAAAUCCAGCUUACAUGGACAAAUUCGACGCCGUUGACAAUUUACAACCUCUCAAGUUCCCCGAUACGUUUCCCGAAGUCAAAAAUGGGCGGAGCAACUCAAAUUCUAAUGUCAAAAUUGAUGCUGAUCUUUCGAAAGUCGCGUAUAAGCGAAGCAGUUCCGUUCCUAAAAAUGAGGACAGAGUGCCCUUGCCUACUAGGCGGAUUAGUUUGGAACAUAAGAUUGAUAUAGGGGACGAUAACGAGCCGCCUUUGAUAAUAGACUCGGCGUCGCCAAAUGGUAGCAUGAAUACCAUCGCGGAAAUGAUCCCCGUAGCCUUGCAGCCGAGGUUAGAACUACAGCCGACAAGCAGAACUGAGUCUCAAGAGAGUUCGCCAAACGAUCCUCCCACAGAAAUUCACAUUUCCAAAGAUGAAUUGAAAACCGAAGUCAAGGCGUCCCCCAGCGAAAUAUCACCACCUUUAGCAGAGAAUGUUACAGAAACGGAGUCACAGAAGCAGUCCCCAGAUACUCCGAAGGAAGUUAAGAAGAGUCAGAAUUUGUCGACGGAUUUCGAUCUCAGUGAACAACUACAGAAAAUUCUGGGUAUUUCAUCGGAGAAAACGCGUGGGGAAACAGCUAAUGCUGAGAAGAAGAGUGAACCAGCUAAAGAAGUAAAGAUCUCUGAUGAUGCGACUAAUAAUAAGGUGCCGUCGGUGAAAAUCGAUUCGCCGGAGGGCGCGAAGACCAGGCUAGGAGCGGUUGACAUGACGACUCCUAAGAAAGCCGUGACGUGCGUGGAGACGGUGGAGCGGCACGUGGCGUUCGGCUUCAAGGCGGCGCUCGUGCGGACACUCGCCAACCUCUGCUGGAAGAACCAGGAGAAUAAGAAACUGAUCCGGGAGCUGGAGGUGAUUCCAGUGCUUCUAGAUUGCUGCAAUAUCGACGCUCGCAAUCCUCUGAUUAUGCAGUGGGUCAUCUUCGCUGUACGCAACUUGUGCGAGAAUUGUCCGGAGAAUCAGGAAGUAAUAUCGAAAAUGACGCUGCAAGCUCCAGUCGACAAUGAAGUACUUCAAGAGAUGGGUCUGACCCUUCAGACGGAUACUCAAGGCAACAGCAUCAGAAUUGUACCCAUGUCCCGCGGUUAGACUGACAUAAAACCAACCUAUAUAAUAGCCUUCUUAUGUAGAGAUUACUAUUCCGUACUGAGAAUCGAUUUGGGUGAAACCAGAUUAUAAUUCUUAUUAGGAAGACGCUAUACUUUCAAAAAUCCAAGGGAGACUCAUGAUUAAAACAUGUUUUUAUUCAUAAACGUAUUUGCUGCCUACCUACCUACUUCAAUGUGUGUAACUUUAUUCUGUUCUCAGUAUAGAAUAGGAUCGUGCAGUGAAGUAUUAUGUUUAAUAAGACCUAUGCUUUCUACAAGAGAUUGUAAUACCUCGGGUGAUGUAAAACUGUUGAAAUGGCUUGUGGUUGUUGGAUUCAAUGUAUGAUAUGUACUCCAGAAGAAAUACCAGCUGUGCAGUACAUUUGUGAUAGAUUUUUAUAUGAUGGAGUCUGAAGCUAAUCUUGUGUAAAGCCAGUCUUGUUAUAUGCAAAUAUAUGAACUAUACUAGUUUCCUUUGCUUGUUGCAAUGUUUUCAAUCAUAACCCAUGAUUUAUUCCUAUGUGAGAAAUAAAUUAUUAAUAAAUACAUAAAUGCAUUUAAUCAUUACCUA